AUGACUUGCAAAUGUACUGGAUCAAUAGGAAUUUCAGCGGCGAAAAUCUGCUGUAGUGAUCCCAGCCAAAAUCUCAGAAAUAUUACCGGUAAACCGUUCGAAGGCACAAUGUUUCUCGGAAAUGAUCUUCAACGCGGAAAAUGGCCCUCAGAAUCUGACAAGGGCCAAUUCGAGCUGAACAAUUGGCAAGACUUCCCAAAAUCUCAAUGGGCGGAUUCAUGGACCCGCUGCUGUUGUGCUACAGCACACGAAGGGCCUUCUGAGAUGACUGGCGGGAGCUGCACUUACUGA